CAUACCUCGUGCGCAUUUGGAAAUUCCAGCGCCCACGAUGGUCUUCCUUGGCCUGGCAUCGAUCGUGUUCGGCGUGUACACGAUGAUCGUGCUCGUCUCACGCGUGUUGUUGUGUGACAUUGACCCAGGUCACGACUACGUGAAGCGCCAUGCGCUUACUGGGCUCGCUUGCAUCUGGCUGACGUGGGACGUCAGCAACUACCUGUGGUUGCGAUGGAUUAUGGAGGUCGUGGCUGUCGCAAACGCCGUCUCGUGCCACUCGAUGGUCAUUCGAGGCUACGGGUACACGCGCGUGUCGCUCCACGACAAAGUUGCCAUUGUCACCGGUGCCAACAGCGGAAUUGGGCUCGAAACGGCGCGGCAAUUGGCGCAACAAGGCGCGCACGUUGUCUUCGCUUGCCGCUCCCAGGAGCGUGCCGAAGCCGCCAUCGCCAGCGUUGCCAAGUCAGUCGGGUCGUCUGCGAAGUUGCAAUUCUUGCAGGUCGACCUCGCGGACUUGAAAUCUGUCCGUGCCUUUGCUGAAGCGUUCCGGAAGACGAAGUUGCCUCUUGACAUCUUGGUCAACAACGCUGGCGUCAACUUUUACCAACGCGACGUGACUGUCGAUGGCCACGAGCGAGUGUUCGGGAUCAACCACUUGGGUCCUUUCCUGCUCACGAACCUUCUCUUGCCGACGCUUCUCAAGUCGCCCGCUCCGCGCAUCGUCAACGUCGGCUCGUGCAUGAUGAAGUUUGCUACAUCCAUUCCAUUCAACGACUUGAACGCCAAGAAAACAAACUACGGCAAUGGCAUUUACACGUACUGUUGGACGAAGCUGGCCAACUACGUACGUCUCGAUCUCCUCCAUCAUUCGCAUCUCUAGCGCGCUUGAUGAGCUUAGUUAUUUACGCUGGAGCUGAACCGUCGCUACGGCGGCAAACACAACCUCACGGCGACGUGUGUGCACCCUGGCCUGGUCAUCACCAACAUGCAAGACAACAUGCAACCAGCCUUUGCGCUUGCCGCCAAGUACUUGAACGUACUGCGACCUCUCUUUCAGCAAACAGCCGAAGUCGGUGCGCACUCGGCUGUGUUUGCCGCCAUCAGCACCACGCUUAAGGGCGGUGAAUACUUGGAACGGUGCCAAGUCGUCGAGCCGGCCCCUGCUCUCAAGAACGAAAAGGACGCCAAGCGGCUGUGGGACAUCAGCUGCAACCUCGUCGACGUCAAGUCCAAGUAGACAUGGUGGGGCUUUUUCAUGCGAUGGUCGCAGUGUUCCGCAAUAGACUCGGUCACGACCACGACGUGAUCUAGGGCAUAAAGAUUCAAUUUUCUCGUGCAAUCAC